AUGAAGAGAACUCAGCGAUUCAAGCGAGUCAUAAAACCCAAGAAACCGAUUCAAGCGAGCAGACUCGACAACGACCCAGCAACACAUCGGCCAACUCAGAGUCUAAAAUCCAUAACCACUAGAACCAAACCCAAAACUCCCAGAAUUCUUUCCCUUCCAAUCCCAAGCUCAAUGACUUUUGAUCAAAUGACAAUCUUGCCUCGUGAAUUCUUUCAAAUUGACGCUCUUGACCUUGCUCCUCGUCUGCUUGGCAAGUUCUUGAAGAGAGACAACGUUGUUUUGCAGAUUACUGAGGUAGAAGCUUAUAGACCGAAUGAUUCAGCUUGUCAUGGUAGAUUUGGGAUUACAGCAAGAACUGCUCCAGUUUUUGGACCGGGAGGGCACGCGUAUGUUUAUCUCUGCUAUGGUUUGCAUACAAUGCUCAAUGUUGUUGCGGACAAAGAAGGAGUCGGUGCUGCUGUGUUGAUUCGUUCUUGCGCUCCGAUUAGUGGGAUGGAUACCAUUCAGGAGCGACGGGGUCAGAAAACAGAGAAGCCUGUUCUCCUUAAUGGACCUGGCAAGAUUGGUCAAGCACUGGGGAUUUCAACAGAAUGGUCUAACCAUCCCCUUUACUCUCCUGGUGGUUUGGAACUCUUGGAUGGCCCAGCGCCUGAAAAGAUACUAGUUGGUCCACGUGUCGGCAUUGAUUAUGCUUUGCCUGAGCAUGUAAGUGCACUGUGGAGAUUUGCCAUUGCUGAUACUGCCUGGAUAAGUGCUCCGAAAAACACUCUAAGACUGCUCCAUUAUCGAAACGCCUUCGUUAGUUUAGCAAUCAUCGUGAUGGAGCAAAUUUCUAAAGAGCCUGAAGGAAACCACAAAUCCUCUGAUCAGACUCCCCCAGUAGUCAGCGAUGCCUCAAGUCAGGCUUCUCAAGAAUCUUCUGUUAAAAGCAACGGGUCAAACUCUGAAGUCUUUUUUCCUGUUGCCCGAUUAACGAAUAGUGAGAGCAAAGGCUUUCAUGACACUGCCCAAUUGAUGGUGGAAAGGAGCAAUGAUGCCUCUAUUCAGACUUUUCAAGAAUCUAAUGCAAGCAAAGAGUCAGACUCUGAAUUCCUUCGCGAUGCUGCCUCUGGUGAGACUUCCCAAGAAUCUAAUGGUAUCAUUGAAGUCUCUGAUGACAAUACUGACGAUGGCAGCUACAUUGAAAACGAUGACGACGAUAACUGGAGCUAUGAUUAUGAUUAUUUUGCUCAUGACUCAUCCCCACAUACUUAUCGGGAUCCUCAUUAUCCUCUCGAACGUGACUCAUCCUCAUACAAUCAUCAGGAUCGGCAUUCUGAAGAAUCUGGCGGCCGUGAAUAUUCAUUCCAAGGUCUUUAUGUUUGCUAUCCCCUCUCCACAGUAGGGAAGUUGCAUCUUGAGAAUGGCAAUCAGAUUAUAAUGCCCCCAUCAGUACUCCAAAGGCAACUCGAUUUUGAAAUUGAGUUCCCUAUGCUAUUUGAAAUCAGAAAAAACCAACUUGAUGGACGGCUUUCGCAUUGCGGUGUUAGUGAGUUCACAGCCGAAGAGGGCAAAGUUCAUCUGCCAAAGUGGAUGAUGGAGAACCUUGAAUUGAAAGAGGGUGAUUUCGUGAACAUAAAAAGCGUAAACCUUGAAAACGGGACUUACGUAAAGAUUCAACCCCACUCCACGGAUUUCUUUUCCAUCUCUAACCCGAAAGCUGCACUAGAAGAAGAUUGUGAGGUGGAUUUUGACCUGCCUCUGGAUUAUAAAGAGUCUGAGAAACCUGCACCACCAGCAAAAGAAGAGAAGGCAGUCGAGGAGCAGCCAAAGUUUGUACCAUUCACAGGUAUGGCCAGACGAUUGAAUGAGACAUGUUCAAUUGAAGCUGGUUUAUUAUCAUCCACACUGAAAGAGAGCACAAGAACUGGCGCAGCCGGUAUAAGUGUGGACGAGAGCGUAUCCAAAAGUUUCAUUUACACAGACUGUGAGGCUUACUUCGAUCAGCCUCUGGAUUAUAAAGAGCCUAAAAGACCUGCACAACCAGUGAAAGAAGAGAGGGCAGCUGAUGAGAAAGAGAAGCCAAGAAGGUACACAGCUGCUAUAAGUGUGGGCAAUAGCAUGUCCAAAGGGAUUACUAAAGAACAAACUGAAACAGAAACUUCAAAGAAAGAAUCGUUUCAGCCAUUCACAGGAAAGAAAUACUCCCUGAGAGGGUGA